ACAUCAAGUGGCAGGGUGACAAGUCAGUAGCUGAAAGGAACUCCUAACCGAACCCGUACUGGCGUACUGCUGGAUGGAUCGGAACACGCCCAAGGACGUUGUACAGGGAGUAGGAGGAGCAGAACGCGGUGUGACUCCUUCUUAGCCCAAGACCGUUCGGCUCAUUCAGCUCCCAACUCCCAAGGGCGUUGACGAACCAUUGCUUCUUCCUGCAGCCAUCUUCAGGUAACAGCUUCCUUUUUCAUUUUCUACAAGAAAAUUAAGGUAGUAACAUGAACACCGCACCCGUCGCGCCAAAGCCUAUGCCGCUUCAUUUAUUAGAAGAACUUACAAAUCAUUUCUCUCCGGACCGGAAACUUGGUGACGGCAUGUAUGGAGAUGUUUACCUGGGAGAGCAUAAAAAUGGAGAAAAGAUUGCCGUGAAGGUGCUUAAAGAAGGUCUGGACCUUGACGAUAAGGAAUUUCAGAAGGAGUAUCAAAACCUUGCAAAUCUUCACCACAAAAAUGUUGUCCGGUUAGUUGGAUAUUGCGAUGAAACUAAGGGAGAUUUUGUACCGUACAAGGAUGGGAUGGUUUUUGCUUAUAAGAUAAAAAGGAUGCUUUGCUUCGAUUAUAUGCACAAUGGAAGCCUUGAUAGUUUUAUUUAUGAUGAAUUUAAUGACCGUAAUUGGUGUACACGCUAUGCAAUAAUUAAGGGAAUAUGCGAGGGCUUGGAAUACCUUCAUGAGAAAUUAAAACCUCCUAUGUAUCAUUUAGAUUUAAAACCAGCCAAUAUAUUACUGGACGAGAACAUGUCAGCAAAAAUUGCAGAUUUCGGCGUGUCAAGGUUGUUCUUAGAAGAAAAAACAAGAAAGACAGAAACUGUUCUAGGAACACGUGGGUACAUACCGCCAGAGUACAUAAAUGAAGGUCUGAUCUCAACUAAGUUUGAUAUAUUCCGUCUGGGUGUCGUGAUCAUAAAGAUAAUGACCGGACGAGAGGGCUACUUCAGAAUUGCUGAAAUGCCUUCUCAACAAUUCAUUGGGCUCGUACAUAUGGACUGGAUGAAUAGGCUACAAGUGCUACCAGUGCACAUAUAUUCUGUACAAGUAAGGAGAUGCAUCGAAAUAGGUUUAAGUUGUGUGGAGGCUGAUCGACACAAAAGGCCAAGUAUUGGGUUAAUCGUCAGUGCUCUUAAUGAGACGGAAUCUUGUGUCCAGCUGUGCCCUUGCAUUACCAUCGAUGAUAUGCUGGAUCUCCUGAAAGAAAAAUUGAUCUCUUAUCAACUCCGCAUAACUGACAACAGAAGUACGGCGCACUUAGUAACAAUAACAACCGCUUGUGAUCUGGAUGUUGGUACUACGUCAAAAUCCGAGCCGGUCAGACCACGAAUCAAGAUCAUAGACUACGAGGAGGGUUUGAGCUGGGCGACUAGCAUGGAUGCGCAUUCAACAAAGCCUUGGAUAUUGCUAGGUCAUGUAGGUGGCGAAGUCUCUAUUUGGAACCACCAGAACCAGACAAGAGUGAUGGCAUUCCACGACAAGAGUGAUGGGCAGUUUGGGGGACUGUUCCCUGUUGGGGCAGCUAAAUUCAUCGAGCCGCUGCAAGUAUUUGUGGCCGGUGAUAGUGUUGGAUUUAUCCACGUUUAUUCUUACCAAAAAGUGGAGAAGCUGCAGAAGUUUAGAGCUCACACGAAUACCGUCACCUCACUGGCGGUUCACCCCAGUGAGCCAUUAGUGCUCUCGGCAUCUGGGGACGAGCUGAUCAAACUUUGGAACUGGGAGGCUGGCUGGCAGUGCAUACGGACAUUCCAAGGACACCAGAGCUUUGUGUAUCAAGUCAAGUUCAACACGCAGACUGCGGGAAACACUUUUGCUAGUUGCUCAGGAGAAUCCACGAUAAAGAUUUGGAACAUGGAUUCUCCUACUCCCGUCGCCUCAUUCGUGUGCGAUCAAGGAUUUGCUUUGGCUCUUGAUUAUUUCUGCCCGGGCGGGGCUUUGCAGUAUUUGGUUACACACAGUGGGCAUGUGGGGAGUGCACAGAUCUGGGAUUUGCAAUCAAAUACAUGUAUUAAACAUAUCAACGGAUUACAAGAACGUGGCUGUAAUAUUGCUGUGGUUGAAGGUCCCUCAGGUCGUCCGAUUCUACUUACAGUGUCAGAGGACAGCACUGUUGCUUUUUGUGACUCAGCAACUCACAGGUAUGAGAACAGGUUUAACUUUAAUUUGGGACAUGUCCGGGGCUUCGCAUACAUUAAAAUGACAAAAAGCCUCGUCGUCCUAUGUCGGAAUGGAAUUGCAAUAGUGGAAAUCAAUUAAUCUUCCACAAAGAUCCAGCUUCGAGCCAAGGUGACAGCGGUGGUUUUUGACGUUUACUCGGUACAGUACACUGUAUGAUGACAAUCUUGGUUGUCUUCGUGGAUCGUUUUGUAUCAGUCAACAUCUACAUUUUUGCAGCUAUCGCGCAUUGGAAUUUUAGUGGAUACCAUCAUCUUCUAUUUGUAUCUGCACCAAUUUUAGCGGAAGAGCUAUAUAGAGAGAGAAGAAAACAGGCGUCUCGCAUCGCCCAUGUUCCUACCCGGAAAAGGCGAACGGAAACACUGCCCAACCGCGUCCGUGCUUCCAAUUGCAGAAUGCGGUAUUCUUCAGUGAUCAGUCCGCUACAGGGCUUCAGUGUUCAGUAUUUGGGUAUGUUAUAUUGAACAACGCAGGGGCUUGAGGGUUGAACAUUGAACGCCAAUAGACGCCCUUAGCUAAAUUGA